AUGUCUACGGAAGAUAUUGAUAGAGAAGUCUCUAGGGAAGCGCAGCGUAUAAACCAGGAAAUAGAAAUAGAACGUAUUUUGCGCUCAUUCAAGCUCAACCCUUUUGAUGUACUUGACAUCGAUUACGGUAUAGAUGAGAAAUCGAUAAAAGCUAUCUAUCGUAAGAAAUCUUUACUAAUACACCCUGAUAAAGUAAAGCAUGAACGAGCAGUUGAAGCAUUCGACCUUCUGAAAAAGGCAGAAUCUGAACUGAGUACACCAGAAAAGAGGUACAAAGUUGAUUGCGUCGUUUCAGAUGCUAGAAUGUUUCUCAUUAAGGACUUAAAGUUGCCAUUGGGUGUACACGACGAUCACCCUUCAAUUAAGGCCUUACAUCCACCAUUUAAGCUACAAGUAAAGGAGAAGAUGAAGCAAUUAAUGAUCGAGGAUGAAUUACGGAGGCGAAGGGCUAUCAAAACACAACUCGCCAAUGAGGGUGCAGAAGCACGUAAAAAGGAUGAAGAGAUAGACAGCAAGAAGCGUAAAGCUGAAGAGAAAAAGGAGUGGGAAUCAAACCGUGAUAAUAGAAUAUCUGGUUGGCGUUCAUUCCAGAAAGGUGACAAAGAAAAGAAGAAGCGUAAAAAGGAUAAAAUAAAUGUAUUAGGUUGAAAAAAAUAUCACAACAAUUGACAUUAGAAACAUAGAGACCCAACAUUGAUGAAAACUAUAUACUGUAAAACUAGCCAAUUAUUUUGUAAACUUGUCCAGAUUGAUCGCUUAUUGGUGUGCUUACGAGCACAUCUGACCAAAAUUUGAGUAUGCCCGACCAUUCACCGUGAUCUUUUGGCAUCUCAUCGCCUGGUUUAUCACCUUCAAAUAUCUUAACUUCAAUAAAAGCUUUAUUGAAGUUCGAUCCGUCGAGUACGUUUCUCGACGGUCGAGUGAAAAUGCAAAUGGGAGUUUCAGAUUUAGAAUUACCUGUUGCGUAUGACAAUAAUGGUCCUAAAACAUUAACUACCGAUCCUAGCCUUACAUUCGAACUUCUAGCGUAUUCGACAGCGACGGAGCCACCCUGAGCAAAGCCAAAUAGGUGGAUAUUCCGAUGAUCCCAGCCAAAUUUACUAGUAAGCGUCUGUAUUAAAUCAUUCAACAAGUUCAAAGCUACUCUAGGAUCAGGGUUCUGAAUUAAAUUGCCAAGCAUAUCAAAACUCUGGUACCACAUCCUAGCUUCAUCAAAGAACGGUACCGGUACCGGACCUUCAAGUACUAAAGAAGCGGUCUGUGGGAGGUGUAGCUUCUUCGAUAGGUUGAUAAACUGGCUGAUAUUGUCUCCCAAUCCAUGUAGAUAUAUGAUUAAAUUGCUAUCUACGCCGUCCGCUGAAGGUAUAUAUUCAAAUUUAGCCUGCCUAAAAUCUCGUUGGCUUAUCGCUCUCUUCUGAGCGAGCUCUUCUAUCUUCAUAUUAAUAAUAGCAGAUGAACGCUAGUGUACAAGUUACUGUCUUUGAUCUCUACCGUC